UACUACUUUUCAUUGGUCGGGCAAAGGAAGAUCUCGGAAUGGCCAAUUUUCUCGCUUUCUACCUGCUGCUAUUGGCCGUAGUUCUGAGUCGAGCAGUACCAGCACCGCCGGAUGCAAGCGCUACCAUUGUGAAACAGGAGCAGGAGGUGAAUCCGGACGGGACGUUCAGCUAUGCGUUCGAGACGAGCAACGGAAUCAAAGCGAGCGCUUCAAGUUCGGAUGGGUCCAAAAUAACGGGCGAGUAUUCGUACACUGGUCCCGAUGGAGUGCUGUACAUGGUGCGGUACGUGGCAGACGAAACAGGAUUCCAUCCGGAAGGAGCCCAUAUUCCCAAAUGAUGAUUGCUCCCCACACCGGAGAUAGAGAGAAAGAGAAAGACAAUGCAAUUCGGCAGUGAGUUUAGACCGAAUUGCAACGUCCAUUGUGUACAGGAAGUUGUGGAACAGAAAUGUUGGAACAAUAAAACCGAACGCCAGUAUUUCUAAA